CUCAUUGUGCCUGCGUUGCCAGGAGCCAGGAGCCAGGAGCAGAGCAGAGCGCCAACAUGAACUUGGGGGUCAGCAUGCUGAGGAUCCUCUUCCUCCUGGAUGUAGGAGGAGCUCAAGUGCUGGCAACAGGCAAGCCCCCUGGGGCUGAAAUCGAUUUCAAGUACGCCCUCAUCGGGACUGCUGUGGGCAUUGCUGUAUCUGCCAGCUUCCUGGCCCUGAAGAUCUGCAUGAUCAGGAGGCACUUAUUUGACGACGACUCUUCCGACCUGAAAAGCGCACCUGGAGGCCUCAAUGACACCAUCCCGCUAAAGAAGAGAGCCCCAAGAGCCCAUGUCCUCAGGGACAGUCCUGCCUCAGGACCUUUGUAUUUGCUGUUUUCUGUCAUUGGAAUGCUCUUUGCCGGAAAGCUGCAAGCCUCGCCUCUCUUUUCAUUCAAAUCCCUGCUUCAGUGUCACCACUACAUCAUAGAGGGCCUAUUUAAAGAGAAACCACAAUUUCUUCGAAAGCAUCUGCCCAGAUCUAUGCAAAUUCACCAACUACAGAAAGCGACAAGUUUCCCAAAAUAUGCCUAUUAACCUCGAGGAAUGAUUUCUCUUUUUGUCGUCAAAGUAGAUGAAGUUUUGUUUGCCUUGGGUUUGGCAGGCAGAAAACAACUUCCAGGUUGAGCUCUCCCCUUUACCCAGAAGCCACUGGCCUUCAGGUUCCUUUCUAUGUUGCACAAGGAAGUGUUCCACCUUGCAGGCUUUGCUGAUGAGCUUUUUUACCUGUUUAAUUGUGUGAGUUGCAUGAACACAUGCAAUAAUUAGAGCAUAGUUGCCCUGUCAAUAAGUCUUCCAGGUGGUUCUCUUCCUUUCCAGAGAUGCACAGGUGAUUGAGCUGUAGGUGAGCAGUGAUGUGAAGAGGGAUUCUAGCUCUGUGGACAGCGGCCCACGGUUAACGUCUCAGGAUGUUCUGCAUUCGAAAACCCAAGGCUGGUAAUGAACUUUCACAUGGACUGAAUAUUGGAGGUAAAUAAUAGAAGGAAUAGACUAUACAGUGCCUCUGUCCUGAAGGAAACUAUCACGCCUCUUCUGGAAGAAGCGGACUGCACAGAGGAAGCCUUGAGCGCUUUAGCCUGCAGUAGGAAAAGGUGGACACCAAAAACUUCACCCUGUGUUGGAGCUAUUCAUGCUUCCACGAGGGCAUGGUGUCCAUGUCCGUGAAACCUACUACAGAAAAUGGCUCAUGAAAAGGGGAAUCGGACCCAACACACAGCUUCCUAUGCACUGCCAUCUUCUCAUCAGUUAGGCAAUACUUUGUAGAACGAUUAGCUUCACCUCUUAGCUGCCAGAAGAUCCCUUCUUAAAGGUGAACUCUGUGAAGAUUCGGGAGUCCUGAAACAUGGGGUCUCCGGGAUGGUCUCCAGCCCUAUCGAUGAUGAACACUGGCCUUCUGGAGGGGAAAUGGCAGGCUGGGCUGGUGUGGGAGGAAGGGCUUUGGCAUUCAUGGAAUGGGCCUGCUGCUCUCAGACCUUCAAAGGACGGAACCAACAAAGGACCAAAUAAGAAAGCAGAUACUGUGCCUUGUAGAGGGCCAUGAAUGUCAGUUAUUAUUUUUUCUCCUUAUAUAAAUUAUUUUGUGAUUAUUAUUACAAUGUGCAUGGCUGUUGCAUAAAAGACAUGACUGGUGGAGGCUCAGGAAAGCCACGUCAUUCUACAAUUGCCAUCAGGCUAAGGCCCCAUGAGCAUUUCUCUCCCUUGUAAUAUUAACCCUGUGUUUCUGGGAUCACAUCACGGAAUUUUCUUUGCUUUUCCACUUUCCAGGAAAUCUUUUGGACUGGGCUGCCUUCUUCAUGUGUGAUGAAAGAUGAGCUGUAUUUCAGAACAAAGUGCUGUGUUGUCAUAAUUUGCCUGACUCCCAGGGCGUCUCUUAUGCAACUUGAUAACGAUGCUGUUCAUUAGCAGCCUUUGUUAACUGAUAACCAAGAGUGGUAACGUGAUACUCAUAAGCAAUUUUCUGUGUGUAAGAUAAAAUAAACCAUCUUGUAUGGGAUCUGCUAAUUGA